AUGAGUAUCUCAGAAGCCAGUAAUACCUCUGGGUCUGUGAGUGAGUUCAUCCUCUUGGGCUUCCCCUGCCACAGAGAGAUCCAGAUCCUCCUCUUUGUGCUCUUCUCCCUUAUCUACCUCCUGACUCUUAUGGGGAAUUUGUCCAUCAUCUGUGCAGUGUGGUCAAGCAGGAAACUCCACAUACCCAUGUACAUCCUCCUGGCCAACUUCUCCUUCCUAGAGAUCUGCUAUGUCAGUUCUGAUGUGCCCAAAUUGUUGGCCAACAUCAUCUCCCAGACUAAGAGCAUCUCCUAUGCUGGCUGCCUGCUCCAGUUCUACUUCUUCUUCUCCAUGUGUGCUGCAGAGGGCUACUUUCUGUCUGCAAUGUCCUUUGAUCGAUUUCUUGCUAUUUGUAGACCUUUGCACUACCCCACUAUAAUGACCUAUCACCUAUGUGCUCAAUUAGUAGUCUUCUGUUGGAUAGGUGGCUUUUUAUCCAUACUGGUACCGGCAAUUCUUAUGUCUUUGGUGCCCUUCUGUGGCCCUAACAUCAUUGACCACUUUUUCUGUGACCUUGGACCAUUGCUGGCACUUUCCUGUGCCCCAGUUCCCAAAACUACUCUGACUUGUGCCACUGUAAGCUCUCUCAUCAUCUUCCUCACCUUCCUCUACAUUCUUGGGUCCUACUCCUUGGUUUUAAGAGCUGUACUACGAGUUCCAGCUGGCUCAGGCAGGAACAAAGCUUUCUCUACCUGUGCCUCCCAUUUCCUAGUGGUGUCCCUAUUCUAUGGCUCAGUCAUGGUAAUGUAUGUGAGCCCAGGGUCCAGGAGUCAUCCUGGGACACAGAAAUUUGUGACCUUGUUUUACUGCAUGGCAACCCCAUUCUUUAAUCCUCUUAUCUAUAGCCUCCGGAACAAAGAUAUGAAAGAUGCACUAAAGAAAGUCCUAAGAGCACCAACAAAAGUAAUUACUAAAAAUAUAGAGAAAUGA